AUGGAUACUAUUAAUAAGUCUUUUGUUAUUACCGUCAAUUUGGUUAAAAUAUUAAACGACGAUGAAUCUCAAUUCACAAUGCUUGUUGAUAGUGGAAAAAUGUCUAUUGUUUAUGAAUUAAUCGAAUGGAUACGUUGGGUUUUUUCUAUAGAUUAUUGUUUGUAUCUUACUCAUAAUAAUACUAUUAUUCACGAUUUAGAAGAUAUUAUGAUAUUAUCUACUCUUAAAAAUUUUCAGUUAAAGUCUUGUAAAACUAAUAGAUGCAAACAUACUGAAUUUAAUAAAAACUUAUUUAAAGGUUUCGAUUUUUAUACCUAUUGGAAUGAAGUUAAAAUACCUAAAAUAAUGGCUCAUAAACUUUUAAAAAUAGAUGAUAAAUUUUGUUCAUUGAAUCGAUCCAUAAAUGAAUCACAUCAACUCUUACAAUUAUCGAAAAAUUUAAGUUUUGGAAAUUCAUUGGGACAUAAUUUUGAUUCCGAAUCUAAGAAUGAUUUUGCUAAGGGAGUGUUUACAGAAUACGAAGACAAUCCAUUGAAAAAUUUAAAAACGAAAACUUCUUCUAGUCAUUCUAAUUUUCAAACGAAUAAUUUAGAAAUUGAACUGAAUAAAUCCUCACUGUUGACCAAAUCUCAAAAUAGUUUAUCUAAACUUAUGGAAAAUAAAGUGACAGAUUAUGCUGAUGUCUUCGAUACUCGAACUAAACACCAAUUAAAUACAUAUCCGAAUGUAAUAAAUUCUGAGAAAAUUAAAAGUCUGAGUCUGUCGAAUAAGCCAUUGAAAAAUUCUUCUCAAGACAGCUUGAAAAAAAUGCAUAAAAAUUCUAAUUUCAAUUCAUGUUCAAGUUUUAAAAAUGUUAACAAUAUCAAGGAAUAUAGCAUUUUGUGUGACUUGGACGAAUCUAAAGUUAGUAUUGGUAAUGAAUCUAAAAUUGAUACGGAUGAAUCAAAUACGGAAAUGAAUGUGGAAAAUCAAGUGAGAAACACAUUGAAGAAAGAUAGAGAAAGUUGUACAUUUUUAUGUGAUAACUCAAAUGCAAGCACAGAGAAUUUAAUUGAUAAAUCAAAUAUGGUAGGAUCUGAAAUUAACACGUCUGUACAAAAAAGAAACGUUUCCCCCGGUCCUGUCCUUACUUCUUCUCCAGUCGUGAACGAAUCUAAAGGUAAAAAUAAAUUUUCUAAAUUCAAAAAGCCAUUUUCAGUUGCUGAAGUCCUUGAAAAUUUAAGAGUAAAUAUAAAAAAUCAAGAUAGUAGUUUUAAAAAUAACUCUUAUCUAGACUCAUAUUCUACCAGGGAAACAAAAAAUGCAGAAGAAAGUAGAGAUUUGGAAAUUGACGGAAGUUUUGUUGAAGAAGUUACCGGCAAAAAAAAAAAAAGGAAAAGAAUGAGAAAAACAAAAUCAUUGAAAAAUAAACAUUUUUUACAUAGUGCAAAAGAUAUUGUUAAAUGCGAUCAGGUAUUGUAUAAUAAAAAAUCUAAGUUAAAUUUAGUAAAAAAACCUAAUCAUAUAAGAUUUGACAGUGAGAGCGAAGAUGAUUUUAAAAAUUAUUCCGAUGAAAAAGAAAAAUUAUUAAGGGAGUGCGUAUUGGAAGAAAAUGAAAUUAAAAUGGAUUUCAAUGAGGAAAAAGAAGAGAUUAGUAUAGAAAACUUGGUGUCUGAAAUUAAUGAAAAAAGACAUAAUUUAUCAUUGGCUGCUGAAGUUCCAUUGAAUUUUACAUCAAUACCUAAUGAUGAAUGCAACAUGCAAGCAGAUCCUGUUUUUUCAAGAGAAGUAGACCCAGUAUGUAUUUUAGAAUUUAAAAAUGAUAAAACUAUUGAGGAAAAAACAAAUGACUACAUUAUGGCAAAAAUGUUACUUAUUGAUACUUUAAAAGAACUUCGAGCUCUUAUUGAUCAACAACAUUUACUUUACUUGCAAUUAGAUGAAAACCUGAAAAAAAUUGACCAACGUAAUAAACUGGAAGGGUAUAUAAGGGAAUAUUUAUAUUUAGCUCCUCAUGAUUCAAAAUUUACAUUUCAUGAAACUGCUGAAGUUUUGCAUCAAAGUGCCAGUAUGAAGAGUAAUUUUAGUGCCUAUAAAGCAGGAGUUGCUUGGAAAGCCAUUGGAAAAUAUGCUGAUAAUCUUAUAUCACAUCCCUGGAGGAAAGAAUAUAGAAAUAUAAAGUUAUAUUGUGGGUUUUACAAACAUAACAUAGAAGAAAAUUUAGUCGGAGCCGAAUUAAUGUUUGAAGCUAUGGGUUACAAACGUGUGGGUUAUUCGUGUUUAGCUUUACCUGAUAUUUUAGAUCCGGAUAGGAUAACGAGUGUUUCCAAAGAUGCCAUAAUAGCAUAUGUUGAAUGUCAAAUAAUGAAACAAAUUUGGGAAACACUUUCACCUCAGUAUUGUGUCGCAUGGUUAGAAAUUUUAGAUUUUAGAAAAAACCACAUUAGUAAUCCUGAUCAAGUCAUCCGUUCUUUAACUCAUAAAUUUUGUCAAAGACAGUAUGAAGAGCAGGUUUAUAAUAAACAAAUUCAUUCGCUAGAAAAUUAUAUGCAUCAUUCAGAUUUAACAUGUAAGCAAAAUCAAAUCGGUUAUCCUAGUCAUACUCAUUACCCUGGUCAUCCAUUUUCUGUUUCUCUUCAGGCAAGAUAUGGACCUGUUUUAAAUUCUUCCCCAAUUUUACCUCCGUCAGCUGUGUACCCUCUAUCAGCAUCAUAUACUCCCUCCCAUCAAAUGUUAAAACCGCAAGAUUUUUAUUCUACCAAUGAUCAUCACAAAUAUAUUUUUCCUCCUCAAAUAAACAUGCACAAUUAUGCACCCAACGGAUAUACGUAUCAUCCAGAAAUGUAUGCUUCACCGUCCAAUGUACCCACGGGACGGCUUAUUGAAUUCGACUCGGCAAUGUCUUUAAAUGGAAAUGAAGCAUACUUGCAACGAGCGUAUAACUCGAAAUAUAGUUCCACGCAAAAAUUAAUACCUUGCCAAGAUGCAAUAAAAAAUCAAGAACCGUGUAUUAGUAGCAAAGCGAAAAAUGAUGGAGCAGGUUCUUGGGAAAAUUGGGAUUACGUUUACAGGAAUUUAGAAAGUCAAGGAUAUCGGAAAAUCGGAGAUUCCAUUGGUGAAUCUUCCAAAGGAAAUCACGUAUCGUCACAAAAUUAUAGCUCUGAAGUUGAUGCUGAUAGUGUGUCAGAAGUUGAUUUCGCCGACAGACUGAGAAAAAUAAAUUUAGAUAGGAACAAUGUUGAAAAUAAUCAAAGUAAAAAAAUCUAUUGUGAAAAUAACGAUGAGAAAAGAAUUAAAAAAUCAAAAGAAACAAAUCGAACUGAUGCUAAUAAUUAUGGGGAUUUAAAUGUGGUUAAAUAUGAAAGUAACAGUACCAAAGGUAGUUUAGAAAAACUUGAAAAAGAAUCGAUUGAUGUUAAUAAUUCACCAGAUAAUAAUACAACUUAUGCUAAAGUUAACAAGACUCAUAGGAAGGAAAUAGAAUCGAAAAUAAUAAAAAAAGAAAUUGUAAAAUCAAGAAAAUUAAAAGAUGAUAUCGAAGUAUUGGUAGUUAAUUUAAACGAUGAUGAGGAGGAGGAAGAAAAAUGGCAAUGUGCAACGUGUACAUAUUUAAAUUCCAAAAGUAAUAGUGUGUGUGAAAUGUGUUGUAAAUCGAAAAUAAAAGGUAGUGAAAUAAAUCCUCAACCUGCCGGUGGUCAAGAAUGUUCCAAUUGCACUUUAGUUAAUAAUCCAGGUUUAACCAAAUGUAGUGCCUGCAAUGCUUCAUUAAAAGAUUCCCCUACCUACAUAUGA